AUGGAUGUUUCUGGAAAGGUUUCUCAGUACGCCGGUACCAUGGCGGCUGCUCUAGACGUGGUGUCGAUUAUUGGGUGUGCGCUUUCGGUUGUUUGCCUGGCGCUUUCCCUAUUUGUCUUCACAUUCUUCCGACCUCUGUAUAACGUACGAAACACUAUCCAUCGGAAUCUAUGUCGUGGAUUUGUGUUCGAAUCUGACAAGACGCGGCUGUUCCUAUACUACAAGUUCUCCUAUGGAUUUCCGGCUGCGAUCGUUGCCAUUUCAGCCGGAGUCACUUGGCACAAUUAUGGCACUGAUGAGUAG